UUCUUAAACAUAAACAUAAUGAUUUAGAAAGAAAUAGUUUAACUCUAAAUAUAGACAGAUAAAAGUUGCAGUUUUUUCUGUCUCAAAGAUUGCCGACCUUGCUGCGCGGUUGAGAAGUUGAAGUCCUAAAUUUAGUACCACGUUGGAUUUUCCGAAUUAUUGUUAUUAUUUUAUACACAGAAAAGGAGAGUUAAGAGGGUGAUACGGGAAAUUGGGCAGUUCCAAGCAGUUAUAGUCGACGAAAAUUAAGCAAAAUAUUUUGCCUGUAGUUCGUGACUAUUCAACAUCUGUGAUUCUCUAAAGGUUUUAAAUUUAGAAGGAAACAAAGACUGCACAGUGCUUCAGAGUGUGUAGAGGUUACUGAAGUUGAUCCUGAAAAAGAGAAGAGAGAUCAAUAGAAGGUGUCUUUGUCACUUUGGAUUCUGAACCUUUCCCAGAACCUGUUUGUCUUUUGAUUAGGAUUAUACACCUCGUUAAGUUGCUAGUACAAAGAUUAAGGUUGAUGGAAUGAACUAAUAUAUGAAAAAGUUUCGUUUUUUAAAUAUUUGCUGCACUGUUUAUCUCCUGCUUUUUGAUGGGUAGGCAGCUUUUGAAGAUUUUUGUAUUCAUUAUUUGUUUCUUCUUCUUUUUAUUUGGGGGGAUUGUACUUGAUUUCGAGAAGGCUGUUUGAGUUAAACCGACUUUUCUUUACUUUUCCAAAAAGAAAGGACCUUUAGACAUCCAUCUUCAAAUGUCUGUUCCCGGUUUUUAAUUCGCAAAUGCUGGUCAGUUUUAUUGUAAUCAUUUGUUUUCUGCUAUGACUUUGUAAUUUUUGGUAUGUGAUUAAUGCAUGUGGUAUUUCUGAGCGGCGCUUCGUGCUCAUUUCCAUAUUAGGAGCAAGUUCCAUUUCUGGGCUGCAUUAAAAAUUCUUCCUUUUUGGGUGAUGACAGAGAAAAUUGAGGAAAAUAUAAUGCACUGUGGAGUGUUUUUCCAUUCCAAGUAUCUGUCACGCUUCCUGUCUUGCUAGGUUAUUUAUAAUUGAUCCCUGGAACAGGGCCUCUUUUUGCGAAGGAGCAUCACCAUUUUUGUUUCCGUUGGAUUUGUUAAAUCUAAUGCUCCCAGUUUUUAAAGUUUUCUUCUUUUUUUUGUUUAAAUUCUUAUGGUAUAUUAGGUCCGCAAUUUCGCUUUGUAAGAUCAGGACUCUGUUUUUUUUUUGCGAUGUGGUUGAGUUUCUUUGUACUUGUUCUGUGAACAGUGUUCACUCAACUUUGUUUAAACGGUAAUUUUUUUUCUUUCAGUGAUAUAAGAGUUAAGAGUUAUGGAUAUUUCUCGCUGUACACGGAUUGUCUUUGAUAAAAUUCAUAAAUUUGAGCCAGAGUAUGCUAGAAAGAUAAUUGGUUAUCUCCUCCUACAAGACCAUGGUGAACUAGAAAUGGCAAAAUUGGCUUCUUACCCCGACUAUUACAUCCGUGAAGUGGCAUUUCAGGCCAAAAGGGAGCUUCUAAGAUUGUCUGCAAAACCACCAGAUAUGCUCCCAAUUUCACAUAUGGUCAACCCUCAACAAGGUUAUAGCCAUUUAGCACUAAUGUCUCCUCGAACUCCUACUACACCAAACUUUCCUCCUCCUCUCUAUUGGGAUCCACAACCUGUUGGCAAUAUCAAUCCAGAGUUUAUGGCAAUGAAUUACAUGGAUUCUGUCAUUGAGCUUCAGAAGCAGACACAAUUGUGCAGUUUGGAGAAUCAUGUCGAUGCUGUAAAGACUGGAACGGUAGGGGUUGCCAACGGGAGAAGGUUUUCUGAAUAUCCAAUGAAAGUUUGUCACUAUUUCAACAAAGGAUUCUGCAAACAUGGAAAUAACUGCAGAUUCUAUCAUGGGGAAGUUGGCCCUGAGAUGUAUGGAAGUGAUGCUAGUGGUGAGGAUCAGGUGAUCUCCCCAGGGUCACUAGCACAGCUAGAGAAAGAAAUUAUUGAGCUUCUAAGAUCUAGGAAUGAUGCAAUAUCCAUUGCUUCUCUGCCAAUGGCCUACUAUGAUAGGUAUAAGAAGGUACUGCAAGCAGAUGGUUAUUUAACUGAGAGCCAAAGACACGGUAAGUCUGGCUAUAGUUUAACAAAGCUUCUUGCGCGACUGAAAAAUAGUAUUCGGCUAAUAGUGAGACCUCAUGGGCAGCAUUCAGUGACUCUAGCAGAAGAUGCUCCCACACAAAUGAAGAAGGGAGAGUUUCCUCGAAAUAUCAGUGCUUCACGACAGAUAUAUCUGACAUUCCCAGCUGACAGCACUUUCACAGAGGAUGAUGUCUCAAACUACUUCAACACAUUUGGGCCUGUUGCAGAUGUUAGAAUUCCGAACCAGCAGAGAAGGAUGUUUGGAUUUGUGACAUUUGCUCAUUCAGAAACGGUCAAAACUCUUUUGGAUAAAGGAAACCCUCAUUGUGUUCGGGGUUCUCGGGUUCUUGUGAAACCUUACCGGGAGAAAGCAAAGAUUAAUGAAAGGAAGUACACAGAUAGACUUGAACACACGGUUUGUUUUUCACCACAUUGUGUAGAUACGGAUUCUGAACUUAACUCAACUCCAAGAAGUUUGGGGAACCAUAGAUCUUUUAGGAGGCAGCUGCAAGAGCAAGAACAGGCCCUGGAACAUGAGAGGAGAAACCUUGCACAACUGCAGUUUUCCUCACAACCUUUAUCCAGUUCACCUCAUUUUGGUUUCUCCUUGGAUGAGACAAAAGUUUCAGAUGAUCACUUCAAUCUUCAGCCACCAGAAGAAUCUUUCCGUUUUCCACUGCAUGCCAAAUCCAUACAUACAGACGACAAUUUCUCUGAUGAGGAAAGCUAUCAAGGCCUCAACCUCCCAAACAGUCCAUUCGCGUUUCCAGUAGAUAGUGAGAUGUAAACAAAUCAUAGUUUCAGAUACAUAUACAAGAAAUAUAGAGUUCAAAUAGAUCAACGCCAGAAGUAUCAGCUUUCUUUUGACACACAUGAACUAUUUUCUCAACCAGUGCAGCAAUUUAGUCAAAAUUCCAGGUAGUGCAUACAUGUUGAAGAAGAGACAUUUGAAGAAGUUCCUCUUCACAAUUGAAAUUGGUGGCAUUAACAAAAGUUAAAUGAUACAUGUAAGAAGGUUAUAGCUUUUAAUUACAGACAGGAGGCAGGUGGCAGAAGUUUUGAAUUUUAGAACAUAUAGUCAUAGUUAUAUUUUGUUUGAUGAAGUCAUUAGUGGAUGAAAAGAACUAGAUAUUUUGUUGUCCACAGUUUUUCUUAGCUUAAGAACCUUAGAAUCUGUCUAUGACUAAGGGUUGACUGUGAACAACUUCAAUAAAGUUUUUUAUCCCUCAUAA